GGGGGCGCGGGCGGCUCCGGUUCUCCCCAUUCAUUGGGAUCGCGGCGGGUUCGGCGGCGGCGGCGGCGGCGGCGAUGGCUGCUCGGCUGCUCGUGCCCCUGUUCCCGCUGCUGCUGCUGCUGCUGCCGGGCCGGGGGCUACCGGGAGCCCUGGGCAACCGCCACGCCGUGCACUGGAACAGCUCCAACCUGCACCUGCGGCGAGAGGGCUACACGGUGCAGGUGAAUGUCAACGAUUACCUGGACAUCUACUGCCCACAUUACAACGCCUCGGUGCCGGAGCACCGGCUGGAGCAGUACGUGCUCUACAUGGUGAACGCGGAGGGCUACCGCACCUGCAACACCAGCCAGGGCUUCAAGCGUUGGGAGUGCAACCGGCCCCACGCGCCCCACAGCCCCAUCAAGUUCUCGGAGAAGUUCCAACGCUACAGCGCCUUCUCGUUGGGCUACGAGUUCCGCGCGGGGCAGGAGUACUACUACAUCUCCACGCCGACGCACAACCACCGCCGGGCCUGCCUCAAGAUGAAGGUGUUCGUGUGCUGCGCCUCCACGUCGCAUUCCGGGGAGAAGCUGGCACCCACCCUGCCGCAGUUCACCCUGCGGCCCGAGGUGAAGAUCGAGGAUCUGGAAAACUUCAACCCGGAGAUGCCCAAGCUGGAGAAGAGCAUCAGUGGCACCAGUCCCAAGCGGGAACACUUGCCCCUCGCCGUGGCCGCUGCGCUCUUCCUCAUGACGUUGUUGGUCUCCUAGCUUCCAGCGCCAGGGGGGGCCCGGCCAGUGCGGCUCAGCCAAGUGGGGGACCCCCCUAAAAAGUCGCCCCUCGUGAGAGCCAGUGGGGAACCAACGUGGGACUGUCCAGCUUCUCUGUUCCACCACCACCAUGUCCAGAGAGCCACCGCACAGAGCAAGCGGCCGCGGCACUCGGUGAUCCUGGCUGGGACUUGAGAGACCACGGCACCUGUUGAUCCCAACUGGAACUGAAGAGUCCAUGGCACACAUUGAUCCCAACUGGAACUCAGGGGGCCAUGAUAUGUGUUGAUCCCAACUGGAACUGAAGGGUCCGUGGCACACAUUGAUCCCAACUGGAAACGGAGGGGCCAUGGCACACGUUGAUCCCAACUGGAACUGAAGGGUCUGUGGCACACGUUGAUCCCAACUGGAACUGAAGGGUCUGUGGCACACGUUGAUUCCAACUGGCAAUGGAGGGGCCAUGGCACACGUUGAUCCCAACUGGAACUGAAGGGUCUGUGGCACACGUUGAUCCCAACUGGAACUGAAGGGUCCGUGGCACACGUUGAUCCCAACUGGAAACGGAGGGGCCAUGGCACACGUUGAUCCUUGAUGGGACUGAAGGAUCCACGGUACAUUCAUUGAUCCCAACUGGAACUCAAGUGGCCACAACACAUGUUGAUCCCAACUGGAACUCAAGGAUCCAUGGCACAUACAUUGAUCCCAACUGGAACUGAAGGGGCCACGACACACAUUGAUCCCAACUGGAACUCAAGGGGCCACGACACACGUGGAUCCCAGCUGGAACUGAAGGGGCCACAACACACGUUGAUCCCGGCUGGAACUCAAGGGGCCAUGACACACAUUGAUCCCAACUGGAACUCAAGGGGCCACAACACACAUUGAUCCCAACUGGAACUCAAGGGACCACAACACACGUUGAUCCCAACUGGAACUCAAGGGACCACGACACACGUUGAUCCCGGCUGGAAACUCAUCCCCCCCUCCACUGUGCCCACGUCUGUGAGGAUGCAGCUCGGUGCUGCCGUGUUCACCGCACCUUCUGCCAACACCGUCCCACCGAGUGCUGCCCACAGCCCAUCCAGUUCCCCGUGGUUGGGAUCGGUGCCGCGCUGGCGAGCCCGGUGAGGGCAGGGACGCGCGGAGCUGGGCAGCCUGUAGAUACCUAUCCAGAGAUCUAUACAUACUGUACAGAGAGCGACUAUAUAGAGAUAUCUAUACUGUACCAUAGGCAGCGGCGCCGGCCCCGGGCUGGCUUGUACAUAGUUGAACGUGUUGGAUUUUCCUCGUCUUCUGUGAAGACCCGACCUAUGCAAACGCACAGACACUUUUUAGGGAAAAAAAAACAAAACGAAACGAAACGAAACGGAAAAAAAAAACAAAAAACAAACUCGACCUUUUUUUCAAGUGCUUUGGCUGGUGAUUUUCAU